AUGAGCCUGCUUCAAUUUCGGGAUGCGAUCUUCAAACGCGAGGAUGCCAAUCCAUACUUGUCCUCACGAGGUAUGCAGGGCUUGGUUGUAAGCGUUGUCUUCACUUCUCUGGCAGCCUCCUUCGUUGGGAUCCGUAUCUACACCAGACUCAGAUUCCUGAGGCGGCUGGAAGUUAACGACUGGAUGGUUGUCAUUGCACUGAUCAACUCUUUUGUCUUCAUGGGGCUGGAUAUCGUCGAAGCUACCAGUGGCAUGGGAAUGCAUAUGAAGGAAAUUCCGCCCAACAUCCUGGAGAGACAACUGAAGGCAUUCUGGCUCACCAUUCCCUUCUACAACGCCGCCGUUCUCUGCGCAAAAGCGUCAAUUCUGUUACAAUACUUCCGCGUAUUUCCAACUCGGCGCAUGCGCAUUGUCUGCUGGGUCAUGAUUACAAUCCUGGGGGCAUAUGGUACGUGGUGUAUAAUCAGUGCCUUCCUAAAUUGCCUGCCCGUGGCCAAGUUUUGGGACGAUAACAUCCCCGGCUUUUGCUUGAGCAAGCCUGGACUGUGGUUCUCUAAUGCCAGCAUGCACAUCACAACGGACCUGGUCAUCUUGAUCAUCCCAAUCCCGGCCUUGAUCGCUAUCGAUAUCCCUAGGAAGCAGAAGAUUGCUUUGAUGCUCAUGUUUGCUGUUGGCGGAUUCGUCUGCAUCACCAGUAUCGUCCGUCUACUAACCGGUCUAACAGACGACAACGUCGGCGCUGCUUCAUGGUCUGCUAUUGAAUGCAAUACUGGCAUUAUCUGUGCCUGCCUGCCAACCCUGAAGCCGCUCAUCUCCAAGAUCAUGCCGGGCUUGAUUUCGACAUUCAGCGGCAACCAACCAACAAAUGGCAGUGGUGGUGUCUCUAACGGGCGCUCGGUCAACUGGAACGAUGAGUCCACCCUCGGUGCACCGGCCGAAGACCCUGAGUACGGGGCAGGAGACCCCGAGCGAGUGCUGGAGCUGUCUUCCGGAGACGACUUCCGGUUUAGCGGCAAGUCGAUGGCAGAGAAACAUCAAAUGGCGGAUGCUACUUCGGUUACGGAACUCACGCAGAACCAGCACCACCACGCCUAUUCAACCGACUCGUGUCCCUUGCGCAAAUGA